UUUGCAUGUCGGUCGAGUUGAGUGCAUGGCAGGGCAGCAUCGGCAGAAUGGCUGGCAUGGCGCUCAGUCCUUCGCAAGCCAGCGAGCGCGCCGCCCGCCCGCCGCGCUGCCCUACCCGCGCCCAAACGCGCGACUUAAACCCAAUGGACUACGAUCGACUAAACGACAAAAAAAAAUACAGUUACCCACAAAACAAACCCCACAAUCAUCGAACGAAGCGUGUUACCUCUAAAUAAUAAAUUCACUCACUUUCAACAACUUUUCCGACUUUCAGUAACGAGUGAUAGACACGUCGCCCCAUUUUUUGUGAAACCUAUCCUAAUCACAUUUUGUAGACACAUCAUGAAUCCUAAAGAGCUAUAUCGAAAUCUAUUUAUACACAAAAAACGACUGAAAGUUUCUGAUUGCAACCUUUGAAACGUUUACACAGCUGUUUAUAAGAACUAUUUACACUGUUUUGAAAAAUUAUUUUACCCUCUAAUAACACCCGUUUACGCUUAAGAACUUUGACCAAAUAACAUUGGAAUAUAUCAAAACUUAGUGUAAAGUCAUAGUGUAAUAUUAUAAACUAGUAAAAAUAUAAAAUAAUAUUUAGUGAGUGUUAGCUCAACAGUUUGAAAGACAAGUGUUUACGUAGACUUUCAGUUGUAACAUUGUGAGUGUUAGUGAAUUUUGUGACCAUACUUAUUUCAAACAACCCUUAUUGAUACUGGAUUAGUUGGUUCAAGAUGCGUUAUGAAGAACUGUGACCAGUGUUACGAGAAUAGUUUCCCUCCCUACCUACUUUUUAUAGCUCAAAAUCCCUUCCUUAUACAUUCCUAAUUUAUUUUUCAACUAAGUACGAAAUCGACGUCACUUCUCAAAACAUUCCACUCUGUCGUAAGUUUCCAACUUAUGACUUGAUUCAUUUUAAGUUUUUCCAAUACGCAUGUCAUUCAUGAGAUCGCAAAACAAAAGUAUUAUCAGUAACAUCAAGUGACGCGCGUAAUCCUCUUCGGAGGGCGCGAGGGGCCGGCGCGAUGCGGUCUCGCCAGGGAUGUACGUAAUAUAUCCAGCGGAUGAAGUAGUUUCCCUGACUUACAACUCGCAGACGCUGCCACGGCUUCGGCAGCGGCCCACCCUCGACGUCCUCGUCGGCCCGUUGCCGUCUGCGACACACAGCGCGCUGCCCCCAACCCCGACCCCCGCCCAGCCCCGCGCCGCUUCCGUUCCCAAAACGGCGCCCCCGGAGCCCGCGGAGCGCGCGCCGGCCUCGCCGACGCCGUCCAUCGAGAGGCCGGCUAAGCUGCGCGAGCGCACUAAGGCGAAGCUCUUGAAAAAGCUUGGCCGCAAUGAACCCAACGAUUUUGGCAAAAUUGUUAGAACCCCUGCCCCCGAUGAAUUCGAACUACCCGCCCCCUUACCCACGCCAGCUUUCUCCAGAAAAAAUAUAUUUGAUAGAGAUUUCGAUGCACUGUUCGAAGUAGCAACAUCACCACAAUUCACGGCGAAAAUUCGCGUAACUACGCCCGAGCCUGAUCACCUUUCUGAUGUGUCUGCGCCACACUUUUCGCCUUCUUCUUCCUCCCUCAGCCUGCUCCCUCCUCGGCCAAAUUCCGAGCCUGCACCCAGCAUCUCUCCCUCGACCUCUCUCCGAGCCUCCACAAACUCAACGCCUACCGGACACCGCUCGUCAAUAGAAGGUCCGAAUUCAAAGUCGAAGAAAGUAAGUUUCUUCAGAAAGCUGAGUCGGUCACGGGACAAGGAGGCGUCCCCCCCACGGGGGCGCGUCAUGCAGCAGCCCUCCCUGGAGAUGGCUUUGAGAGAACUCACGCACCCAACUCACAAUGAGCAGCUUAAAAAUCAACAGCAAGUCACAUUCAAAUUGGUCAAAACCGUGUCAGACUUCACCACACAACUGUCUCAAGUGUACGAGCGACAUUCGGCGGAACUCCAAAUCCUCGUCGCCAACUUCCGAAAACGGAACAGCGAACUUAGAAAAGAGAGAGCAACAUGUCCUUCGUCGCUGUUCCACACUUGGGAGACCUUCCUUCAAGAGGUGGAGGCAGAUGUGUUGGGGUACAGCAACGCAGCUACAUCCCUGGACAGGCUGGUAGCGACACCGCUGGUCGACAGGACCUUCCAUAUGAAGGUGCAGGCUAGGAAACUCUUCGCGCAUCGAGAAGGCUGCGAGGUUGUACUGGGAAAGGCGGAUGAUCAAUUGAUUAAGACUCGUCAAGACUACCGCACGGCGUUCCUUAACUACUGCAGCAACCCGAGUCCGGCUGCCCUGGCCACCUACUACGACUCCCACAACACCUACGUACAGCAACUCACCGCUACCAACGCUAUGCUGGACCAGUAUCACAAGCACACGCUGCCUACCAUUCUACAGGAACUAGAAGAAAUUUUGACCGACGUGACGACGGCGGUGAGCGACGCUAUCUGCCAGGGGGGUGAGAUUAUCACCGAUAAGUCGAAUAACCAACUACGCCGCUACGAGUCGCUCUGCGCGCAAGCACGGGCGGUCUCAAGCACAGCGGAUCUGGCGCACUUGGCGAGAACGCUACUGACCAACCAGCCGGCGAUGAAGCCGCCCCGGAGGCUGUUCCUGCCACCCUACCCGCCUGAACCGGACGACCCGCCUCUUGAUGUGCCUGCGGAAAGCAUGCCUCCGGUUCUUCGCGGGGAGAUCCUGUUAGAUCGGAUGGGUCCUCAGGCCCGCCUGAGCUACGAACAGCUUCGAAAAGACGCGCAGGAUCUAGAGUUACAGAUCAAGCAAUUACAGGAUAGUCUCGAUUCCCUUGUUCGACUUCAAAAUCGUGGAUUGGAAGGAAACCUCUACAAUAAAGUCAAUGAGGUCCAGGAGGACAUAUCUAUCAAGAAGUACGACUACAGAGCCACUCAGUUACAUCUUGCAGCAGUUCGAGCACAAAGAGAGCUGUUCGCAGCCAAAGCAGACAGUGGAUCAGCAGCUGUAGAUCGAAAGCUAUCGUCUUCAUCAGCUGGCAGUAUGAAGAAUAAGUGGCUCAAAGCCUUCCGAAGCCUGAAGCCUCCCAGCGCACCUCCACCUCACGCAGCUCCACCAGACAAAAAAAAUCAAAUGUACCACGCGGUGUCAACGGUAAUGGCGAUGAGAAGGAAUGGAGCAGCUCGCGAGGCUCGCGCUGACUCGGAUGUCCAUAAUUUCCAAGAAUACACUUAUAAGAAAAUUACCCCUUGCGAUGUCUGCUCACAAGUGCUUAGAGGGCAUACCAGACAAGGGUUGAGAUGUCGUCUUUGCAAGAUGAACGUACACACAGACUGCAUGCCUCAAGUGGGCAAAUGUCAGACCAAGUCUCGACUCUUGCGCAGGCAGAAGAGUACGUCAGAGAUAGAAGCCCAUAGGGUUCAGGAGACAGCAUUCGACGAAGAAAAGGAGGAAGUGGAUCAGACCUACCAAGUUCUGAAGCGGGCCAACGAAAUAGCGAAGCCGGGUGGCGGGGAAUCCCGCGGGGGCCCGGUAGUGCGCGUGUCGGCGCCGGAAGAGACCCCCCCCGCGCGCUCGCCGGCGCGGCCGUCCGGCGGGCUGGCCGUCGUGCCCCAACCUAUCUCCUCCUCCUCAGGCGGGGUGCCGCGGGCCGACGGUGGAGUGCGGCGGCGUCUGUUCGCCGGCGUCAAGAGUUUAUCCAUGUGGGGCUCGCGCUCUCGCCACGGGUCGCCGCAGCACCGGUCCAUUUCUCUGCCAGAAACGCCGCACUCGCCGAGACGUCAAAAAUUGAACCUUAGGAUGAAGAGCCUCUCUUUGGACUCGCCGGAGUGCGGGGAGCUGCGCCGCAGGCCAGGCCGGGACCAACCUUCGCAGGGCAGCAGAGUACUCUGUAAAUGCAGAAUGCUUAGCAUGAGACAUGGCUUUCAUAGAGUAAAUAAUCACACGAUUUGCAAAUACACAAUUUCAUCGCCGUCGUCGCCGGUACACAGCAAAAGGCUAUUGAGUGCUCGUGGAGGUCGCAUGAGCAGCGUCGAACUGCCCGAUGAGCCUGAUAAGAGCUUGUCUUCGAAUAGCGCAAGCCCGUGUCCAUCACCCGUCAAGCAGGCUUUAAAGCACCAGCGUCUUUUGCCGACAAACUUGUACGUGAUCCUUUACAACUUCAAGUCGCGUCAUGCUGAUGAACUGGACCUCAAGGCUGGGUACAAGGUCACGGUCAUUGACACCUCCGACCCUGACUGGUGGAAGGGCAAAUGUUUGGGGAAAAUCGGAUAUUUCCCGUCGAAAUACUGCACCAAGUUGCAAGCGGGGGAACGACCGCUGCAAGUCACCCAUAAUUUGCAGGUCUCUGACGGUGAUAACGGCCUGAUGUUGUUGCGUGAUCAAAUAGUCAUCCAGGUUGGUGAUGAGGUCGAUGGGAUGGUGAUGAUUCGCUCUGGUGACAACCGCCAGGGCGUGUGUCCCGUGAAGUUCCUGCAGGAGGUGUGACGAUUCAAACUGCCUAUCUUCGAUAUCAUGAAGAAACGCGGGUCUCUAUUUGAAGAAAGAAAUAGGCUUCAAGAACCUAAAUACACUAGGAGUGCUCCCGUCACACCUUGUGACAGCGAAACAUCAACAUGGUCGGACAAGACUUGGGGCAAUGUCAAACAUUACGAUUCAGGGUCAGAAAAAGCUAGUUAUGAAGAGUCUGCAGAUGGGGUGUGGUGGUGGCGAAGACCUUUAGAUGUCCGAAGAACUCAAUGCCGUCGAUGUGGCGCCUCGUCAUCCACUAGACCGUUAAGGAUGAUGCCAUGCGCUGGAAUCGCCCAAGACGACGUCGAGCCAAGUGGAUCAAGACCUUUGAUGUCGCGCGAUCGCCCACUACUUUUCGUAAGGCAAAUUUUCUUGUAGUUUUAUUAACACUCUAGUCGACAUUGAAGUCACGAUAUAAGUGUUCCAGCAACAAUAUUUGUGAUUAUAAUUCAUGAACGUAGAGAUCCUUAGUCACUCCGUGUAGUGUGAAUCCGCUUCUAUCUAUAAAGUUAUUGUCGCCGAUGAUGCUGGAUCCAAAAGUCAUCAUUAAUGUAAUACCAUUUUACAAAUGGUGUAGUUAAGGUGAAAAGGCAUAGUCUUUUCAUUCAAUGCGUGUACAAUUUAUGCUCUCGAUACAUAAAAUCAUUAUUUAUUCCCAUUGUCAGUGACUUUAGUCUAUAUUUGUCAGUUAUUUUAAAUAAAUUCAGACUAAGUAUUUUUUUGAUUCUGGGCUUGGUCAGCUUGGUAAAGCUGACAUGACACAGUAACAAGUAAAAUAAAUUAUAUUAAUAUUAAUUUUGUGUAUUUUUCCAAUACCACCAAAUUAUAUGUUUGAGGAAUGUUAACUAAAUAUGAAACACAAAAUUAGUUUAACGAGUACCAAUUUUUUUCAGUAAAAAAAACAUUUAAAUUUUGGGGACAUGAAGCCAACUCGGGUUUCUCUUCUAAGGCUGUGUCCCCAGUAGGCAAACUGUUAGUGGCCGACAGCGUACAUCGGCAAACAGCGUACAGUGAGCGCGAAUAUGCAAACUGUGGACACUCCAUUUCAAUUAUAUGGAAGUGAGUACUAAAUCGAUACACCGCCGCAAACUCAGUCGGCCGCUAACAGUUUGCCUACUGGGAACACAGCCUAAGUUUUCUUCGUCGCCGUCUCAUAUUGAAAUUACCAAUAUACUUAGAUACCUACAGUUUGUAAGGAGGUUCUUGAAAUCGUAUAGAGCGCAUAAACUGUAUAAUUCGAGUAAUACCUACAAAUAGUCGAAAUUUAAAAUUAUGGUAAUUUUAGAAACCAAAUAACCUGGUAUAAUUAUCAUUCCAGUAGCUUACAAUUAAUUCAUCAUCACUAUAAUUAUUAUUGAUGUGCCCUAAUUAAAAUUCUUUGUAUGGAUUCGCGUGCAUCCUCUAGUCUAGUGUAUUUAGGGUUAGCCAUAUAGAAGUGACCCUUAGAUCACGCACGGAACAAUUUUGUGUACAGAUUGUUUUAUAUAGUAUGUUUAACACAUGGCCUACAAACAUCGCGAUUCCUUAUGUUUAGUAUACCUUAUAUUUAUUGAAUAUUAUACACGGUAAAUAAAAUGUUAUGUGUAAUUAGGCCCUUAUCUAAGAAUGAUGAAUGAAACGUUUUAACAUAUCAUUUUCUCAUAUUUGUUAAUUUAAUGGUGAUAUAACGAAUUAUUAAGCAUUAUUUAUUAUGCAAAUUUUGGAAAAUUUAAUGGCCCUCGCUAUGUUGCUGCCUAAAAUUGAAUUUAAUAAUUUUGUAAAUCCUAUAUAUAUAUGAAUAUAUAAUAUAUUAUAUAGAAACUUUGAAAUAUGCAUUUUAUAAGUAAAUAAAAUAAGUAUAGUUAUUAUCCGUAUAAUUCCUUAAAAUGGUUAAAAUGUGGCAUUAUGCUAUUAUAAAGAUUUUUAUGUUAUUUAUGUAUAAAAAAUUAUUUUUCGAAUGAAAAUGUGUAAAAUAUGUUUUUAGUUAGGACAACACACAUUUCGUUAUUUUAAUUUGUUAAAUAAAAAAUAUUAGGUGCCUAAAGUGAAAAUGUAUUAUAUCAACAUAUUCUACUAAAUGGGUAGGUCUAGUCUUUAUUCACACAACAUAUGUACCUAGGUAUAUCAAAAUAUCUAAAAAAUAAAAAAAGAGUUUUGUUGCAUCUUACAUUAUACUCAUUCAUUUAAUAUUGUAAUUACAAAAGAUGAAAUUUAAAUAAAGUUCAUUCGUUUAUAAUCUCAGAAAAUAUCUUCCUAGAUCUUUUAAAAAAGAUGUGUUAAUAUACCGUGCCAUUUUUAAUAGUUUAGCUAUUAUCCACAAAAAUAGCAAGAUUUUUUAUAUUCUAAUAUUUACUAACUUAUAUCAAGUAUUAUUAUUAUUGCUUUUCGGGCCAGCUGACAAACAUGCACAUAUUUAUUUUAGAGAUGAACUUGUGAUCUCUAAAUAUGCCAUUUAAUAAAUAGUUAAGAGUGACCAAGCUACCUUAUUCGGUGAUAUCAUAAUUCGCCUAUUGUUCUAUAUGUACCUAAACAUAAUUCUCUUAAAACAAACGAAAUGAAUUUCAGGUGGGUAUUGUACUAACGAUCUUAUUUUACUAAACACAAACAUUAAUGUUAAAUAAAUAUAUUAAUUACCUAUUUAAUAAUAAAAAUGCUAUUAUAAUGUAAUGUGUGAAACUUAAAUUUUAAGCAGAAUUUUUGUUAUUAUCGUUUACUAUUUAUUUAUUCAUACUUACAGGAAAAUAUUAAUUUUGAUACAUCAAAAUUGUCCUUCUAUAAUACGACGUCUUCAUAAUCUAUUUAUAUACGAGAUUUACCGUGCAUUGCAUAAGUAAUUUAUUGGAUUCACUGAGUUUGAAAAUAAUGUCAGCGCCCAUACUCUUUUGCGUUAAUUACGCAUUUAUGUUAAUUUACAGUCAAUUAAUAUUAUUUUUAUAUAGCUAAUAACUCGUAUGUUGAUUGAUAUAGCAUCUGUAGCAACAUUUUAUAAAAAAACGAUUACCUAUAUUGAUAUCCACUACUUUCCCUUUUAUGGGAUACAUAUAUUUUUUGUUCAUAUAAUGAACCGUCCCCUUGGAGUUUUAAGUACUUUAACUGAAACCUUAUAUGAAAUAAUAUUUAUGCAUACAUAGCUGAUUAUGAAAUUAUAAGAACCACACUGCGUAUGUAAGGCUAUAUUUACACGUUGUAGGAUACAAGUUAUUUAUAGCUUGAUUAAGUAAUAAUAAGUAUAUUUUGUGUGUUAAAAUACGUAUACAUAAUGCGAUCGGUGAAAUAGUAGGUUAGAUUAUUUUUAAUUUUAUUUCAUUAACGAUGAAAGCAAUUUUGAAAAAUAGAUACCUAAGUAUACGUAAUGGAAAGUUAUUAAAAUACUUUACUUUCGGUCGCGUCAAAUAUAAGUUUAAUUUAUUCGCAAUGGGCAUGGAACAUGGUUGUUACUAACACAAGCUAAAAAUAAAACUAAAAUAAUUUUAAAAAAUCAUUCCGAAAACAAAACUAUGUCACAUAAAAAUAAACAUAUUCUAUUUUAAUUUUUAAAUUUAUUGAUUGCUCAGGCUAGAACAGUCAUGAAUGCACCUUAAGUGUGUCCUUACCUAUCAUACAUAUAUAUAUAUCAUGGAAUUAGUAGGUACCGGAGUACCAACUAAUACCAUGGUACUUACCUAUGAAACCUACGAUGGUAAGAAGAAUGAAACAACGAAAGAUAGGCUGAUAAAAUGUAGAAAAACAGGAUUUAUAUCAAAAUGUACAUCUUACAAUUUGUGCUUUCAUUUAAUCUUUUGUCAAAUUCACUAAGUAUAAUAUUUUUAAAACCAACAACAACCUUAGUUUCUAUGAAAAUUAUGAGCAGAAUUCAUGUUAAAUUUACCCACACGUAAAAUAGGUGGAAAAUAAUUAUUUAGCUUCAAUGAAACAUUUUAGUAUUUUAGUCUGAAACAUUAUAGAAAUACUAAUAAUACCUAACCCCCGAGGAUUUAGAUAAUACACGUUAGGUACAUAAAGUUUAUUAACCUAAUUAAUAGUACCUAAUUUCUGAUGAAAAAAUCUUAAAUAUAGGUAGGUAAUUUGCUUACAAAUAUUACCUGUAAUAUUUUUUAGAUACACCAUAGUAACUACUUACCACCGAAAAGAACCAAAUUAACCUAAAAGUUAUUGUGAUAGAGGAUUGUAGGAAUACUUGCUAAAUUCCCAAGUGAGAUAAUUAUAAACAUAUAUCUGUCUAUCUAAAUGGAUAUUUUAGUAACUACGUAAUUAUAAAAUAUACAAAGUGAUGAAAAUAUUGUUAAAGUCACGUUAAAAUUUAAUAGCUGUUUGAUUUUUUUUCAACAUGGCAUUGGUAAUUGGUACACUCAUUAUGCACUUAGGUGAACCUACAUAAACAUCAAUAAAAAUCAACAUACGUAACUUAUUUUUUAAAAUGUUCAAUCAUUCAAGCUUUUAUUCACUUUUACAUAGUAUGAGUACAUAGAUAUCCGUUAUACAACUGAGAAAAAGGUAGUUUUUACGUUUGGUGCGAACAUAGCCCACCUACAGUUUUAUUAUAUACGUAUAGAUAAAUGUAAACAUAAAAAAUAUAUUAUGCAAAUAGCUUUUAAUUGGUAUACAGGGGCAUACAAUGCUCACUGAACUUGACAAGAAGAUGCAUAAUAAAUGCUUUCUACUGAAGUUUAUUACUUUUAACGUUAUUUAUAUUUAAACAAUGUUCUGUGAAUAUCUUUAAAUUUUUAUAAUAUAUGAUCUAAGCCUAGGAUGUUUCUAAUUAUUUACUGACCUAAUCACGAAGAAUCUUAACUUCUGAGUACAACAUAACGACUUUUAUUUUUUAUACCAGUGUGUGUCUAUAUUUUUAAAUGAACUAAAUACUUAUAUCAAAUAAAUUUUUCUAUGAUUAUUCCCUUCUAAGAAACCUUAGAUUCUUUCAGGGUGGUUCGCAGAGCGUUUUGACCGCUGCGGACAACCACCCUUCAGCGAAAUGCACAGUGUUCCAAUUAUCUGUGCCUGGAAAAAUCACAUAAAGUAUUUGUUAACCAUGGACACGAAUUAACAAUUAUAGAUUUUAGUAAUUACACCACGCCUAGGUUUAGUACUAUGUGAUGUAUGUACCAAAUGCAAUUUAGGGAUUUCGUAAAUGAAUGAUUGUUCAGUAAAAAGUAUAUGUCACUUGAUUUUUAAUGAUACGUACCUAUUUGUUAUUUGAUUUCAAUGUUUAAUAAUGUUGUGUUAGAAAUUAAAUAAAGAUUGUGUCA